CAAAAGAACUAACCUAAAACCCCCACCCCACAAGUUCACGCCAAACACCAAAAUCCAAAACCAUAAUACCUUCUCUCCUUUUAAUCGCCGAGAUUCAACUAAUCCCUCUGUUCAUCUAUAUCCCCCUCUCUGUUUCUCUUCGAGAAUGCCUGAAGAAGAGGAUCAAAACAUGAAUACUAAUCAAGAAGAAGAAGAAGAUUUUGAUGAUGAAGAAGAUGAAGAACUUGAAGAAGAUGAAGAUAUGGAGGAGUAUGAUGAAGAUGAAGAUCUUGAAUUAGAUUCUCCUACAACUUCUUCUGAUCCUAUUCCUCAACAACCCGCUAUUCCUAACAUUGCAACAACCACCCCCGUUGUUUCAACUUCUGUUUCCACCACCACCACCACUACUCCAGCAAUCGCCACCACCAUUACCACCGCCCAAACUGGUGGCGAACCUGAAAUCAAGCGGCAAAAAAUUGAAGAACCCAUUACUCCAAUGGCUAUAACGACAACAACUGAAGAGAGAAAACCCCCCUCAACUGAAGAGAGAAAAUUGUUUCAGAGGCUGUGGACAGAUGAAGAUGAAAUUGGGCUUUUACAAGGGUUUCUUGAAUACAAUACAAAAGAAAGAGGUACUGGUACUAAAAACUCAUCUUCUUAUCAUCAUGAUACAGGUCCAUUUUAUGAUCAGAUCAAAACAAAACUACAGCUUGAGUUUAAUAAGAAUCAGUUAGUUGAGAAAUUAAGAAGAUUGAAAAAGAAGUAUAGAAAUGUUAUGAGUAGAGUCAGUUCUGGUAAAGAUUUAGUUUUUAAGACGCCUCAUGAUCAAUCUUGUUUUGAAAUCUCUAAGAAAAUCUGGGGUGCUGAGACUGGUGGUAAUGUAGUAGUAUCUGGUGGUGAUGUUGAGGAAGAAGAUGGAAACCCUAAUCCUCUCCAGAUUAUUGAGGUAAAGAAUGUAACUGUAGGUAAUAAUGGGGGUGUUGCUGCUGAUAUUAAUGGUUCAGAAAAGCAGGCUAUUCCGAGGUCAAGAAAACGGAUUAGAAAGAGAACUGAGGUACCGCCUAAUGUUUCUAAUCCUUUGAAUAUUCCCGUGAAUUUGUCGGUUUCAAGUGUGAUUGAAGAGACUGUAAAGAGUUGUUUAUCUCCGUUGUUUAAAGAGUUGCUUCAGGCUGCGAUUAGUGGACCAAAUAAUGUGAGAGGGUUAGGAGUGAUGGGUUUAAAUCCAUUGAAUUUGGGGGCUAAUUCUUCUUCUUCUUCUAUGAAUUUGUUGAGUGGAGAAAUGGUGGAUGAGAAGUGGAAAAAACAGCAGGUACUGGAAUUGGAGGUUUAUGCGAAACGGAUGGACUUGGUGCAAGACCAAAUCAAAUUGGCAUUGGAGGAGCUGAGGUCGACCGGAGAUUGACAAGUCGUGUUUAUGGCGGUCUCCAUAAUGAGUAAGUAGUUGAUGUUUUAAGGUUUGGUUGGUGGAGUCGAUAGUUUGGCUGGGUCAGGUUUAUGUUUUUUUGUUUUUCGUCUUUCUUAUUAGGUUUUAUAGAAGAACAGCUCAAAUAAUGAUUUUCCAAUUUAAGUUUCUUGCAAGCCAUGUUUAAGUUCUGAAAAAUAUGAAUAUGGAUGAAGAAGUUUGAUGAGAAUUGUGAAUUGGUAGGGGCUAAGUUUCACUGCAAAAUAUUAUAUACUUGCUAUGGUUGCCUUGAAGUUACUGGCUCGUUUGUUGUUCUUUUGUACAUUAUACAUAUUCAUUUUUGUGCAUCAA